AUAGCUGUUAGCUUACGCCCUGCGACUGCUCCCUGCAAACGCAUACGAGCUUCCCCGUCGCACAAUCCCCGUUCCAUCCAAGCUUCUCGACACUUCAAACCCGCCGCGUUCCUCGUGCUUGUGCUCAACGGGCCGGGCAGACGAUGGUCCCAGUGCAGUUUAUAUAGCUGGAUUUGCGGUGUCUGGCUUCUAUACCUCUCACAAUGGCUGCAAAUUUCACCGAAGACAACAUCCAAGAGCUGCGGUAUCGGCUGGAAGAUGCCGCUCGUAAGUGCUCCGAGCGAUGUUUGUACCAGUCCGCAAAAUGGGCUGCAGAAAUGCUCGAUUCCUUGAUCCCCGCCGACGAGUUUAGCGAUGGUGCAGACACAGAGCCAGACUCGCCAAUGGAUAUUUCCCCAUCCGUCGCCGAGAACCCAUUUCUAACCAAUGCUGACCCUGAAGAGGCAGCGUUAGAGGCUCGAGAGGCUCACAAAUACAUUCUUGCCAAAGCAUACUUUGAUACUCGCGAAUAUGACCGUUGCGCAGCUAUUUUUCUCCCUCCCUCGAUGUCCUCUAUUCCUCUCGCUCCGCGACAACCCACCUCUACAUCAAAAAUAAGGCCAAAUACUUCAUCUCAUAAAGGAAAAGAGAAGUCUAUAUCACUUGGCGCUCAUCAAGCAAGAGCUGUAUCCAAGAAUCCGUUCCCUAAGCUAAGCCAAAAGUCCCUCUUCCUAGCUUUAUAUGCCAAGUAUCUGGCAGGGGAGAAGCGGAAAGAUGAAGAAACAGAAAUGGUUCUUGGUCCAGCGGAUGGGGGAAUGACAGUGAAUCGCGAGCUACAUGCUCUAGCCCAAGGGCUCGAAGGCUGGUUUUCAGAUCGCCGUGAACGAGGCCUCGAAUCCCGUGGCCAGGGAUGGCUGGAAUAUCUCUACGGUGUAAUUCUUUUGAAAGCUAAAAACGACGAGGAUGCGAAGAAAUGGCUGAUCAGGAGUGUACACUUAUAUCCCUUCCACUGGGGAGCCUGGCAAGAAUUGAACGAUCUUUUAACUAAUGCAGAUGAUUUAAGACGUGUGGCUGAAAAAUUGCCACAGAAUAUAAUGACCCUAAUAUUCCAUCUUUAUUCAAGCCAGGAGCUCUACCAAGCGACAGAGGCCACUUACCACACGCUUACAGAGCUAGAAAGCAUAUUUCCUUCAAGUGCGUUCCUCAAAACUCAGCGAGCCCUGCUUUAUUAUCACUCGAAAGACUUCGAGGAGGCCUCGCAUUUGUUUUCAGAACUUCUCAUCAGCCAUCCUCACCGUUUAGAUGGCCUCGAUCAUUACUCUAAUAUUUUAUAUGUGAUGGGUGCUCGACCCCAACUUGCGUUUGUAGCACAGAUGGCCACCGCUACAGAUAAAUUUCGCCCGGAAACCUGUUGCGUUGUCGGGAACUACUACUCUCUAAAAUCUGAGCACGAGAAGGCCGUGAUGUACUUUCGACGUGCCCUCACUCUGGAUCGAAAUUUUCUUUCCGCGUGGACGCUUAUGGGUCAUGAGUAUAUUGAAAUGAAAAACACGCACGCCGCCAUUGAAUCCUAUAGACGAGCCGUGGACGUCAAUCGGAAGGACUAUCGGGCGUGGUACGGCUUAGGUCAAGCCUACGAGGUUCUCGAUAUGGCCUUCUAUGCUCUUUUCUACUACCAACGAGCCGCUGCACUCCGCCCAUACGACCCCAAAAUGUGGCAAGCGGUCGGAUCAUGCUACGCAAAAAUGGGCCGGGCCGACCAGAGCAUCCGUGCCCUCAAGCGCGCUCUCGCCGCGGGGUCCUAUUAUGAUAGUAGCAGUACUACGCUUAACUCAUUUGCCAAUAGUGGUGCUGCUGGGAUUUCUUUUCCUCCUGGAGGCCCAGGGAAUACCCCCUUUGGACGACGAAUUCUUGAUCCAGAAACCUUGCACCAAAUCGCCACUCUCUACGAGCGUUUAGGUGACGAAGAAGAAGCGGCUGCAUACAUGGAACUCACUUUACAACAGGAAACGGGCCAAAUGGGCCGCAAUAAUGAUGAUGAAGAUAAUGACGAUGAUGCCGAAGAUGAUGCGAUGUCCGCCUCUCGACGGACGUCUGCAUUUACGCACCAUAAUGACGAUAUGGACGAAGAGCCGACCGGCACUGGAGUAACCGCGACGACGAGUAAAGCUCGUUUAUGGUUAGCGAGAUGGGCGCUGCGACAUAAUGAUUUAGAUCGGGCGGAGCAGUUGGCCAACGAGCUGUGUCAGGAUGGAGUGGAGAUAGAGGAAGCAAAGGCUUUGAUGAGAGAUGUGAGAGCAAGGAGAGAAGGCCGUGGCUAAGUUCAACCAGGCUCGACAGAAUGGGCAAAUCUUACCUGUAGAAUGGAAUGUUUGAUUCCAAAUGAAGUUAAUCAGACAUUAUUAUU